GGUGGCUGUAAUGCGCCUCAAAGUUGGAUGCCAAGUACCGAGGCAAAUAGAAAGCCGAGUAAGAAAAAUGCUUUUCAUUCAGUGCUGCCGGGGUUUAUUUUUUCUCUGAGAAUAAACCGAACAAUUUGCCUUUAUUGUUUUUCUAGGCUCUUUGUUUCCACAGAUAAUGUGUCAUCCCAUUCAAGUGAGUUAACGUUAAAACGCUUAGCACGGUAACCUGCGUCACCGAGUUUACAUUGUGGCUAGCUAACUGAUGCUGUCUUUGGUAGCUAGCUGGGUAGCUACUAGCUAGCUGUGUGUCGCUAGAACAAACACGGUGAGGCCUAACGGAUCCUCGGUCUUUACUGUGGAAGUUCUACCGAGGACGACCACACUAACUUUUAUCCUACACGCCCCAACAAGUGAAUAGCUGCAUUUUGUUGUUUGGGGUUUCUCAGAUUUAGUAACAACGUUUUGCCUGAGAAAAGAUGGAAGCUCCUCCUGUUACAGUGAUGCCUGUCACCGGGGGCACGAUCAAUAUGAUGGAAUACCUGCUUCAAGGCAGUGUGUUAGACCAAGCCCUGGAAAGCCUAUUGCAUCGUCUUCGAGGUCUAUGUGACAACAUGGAACCUGAGACCUUUACAGAUCAUGAACUGGUUUAUCUUCUGAAAGGCCAACAAGGGAACCCUUUCAUUCUUCGUGCCCGGCGCUCCCUCUCCCACCCCACAUCACCGUGGCACCUACGCUAUCUAGGCCAACCUGAAGUGGGAGACAAGAGCCGCCAUGCACUGGUGCGCAACUGUGUUGACGUGGCUGCCUCUCACAGCCUGCCGGAGUUCCUUAAUGAGAUGGGCUUCCGCAUGGACCAUGAGUUUGUGGCCAAUGGGCACAUUUUCCGCAAAGGUGCUAUGAAAGUAGUGGUUAGCAAGCUGUCACGCAUCCUGGUACCGGGGAACACAGAGAACACAGAACGUCUAUCACUUUCAUUCUUGGUGGAGCUGAGUGUGACAGCUCCCGCUGGCCAGGACACUGUCUCAGAGGACAUGCGCAGCUUUGCUGAGCAACUAAAGCCCCUGGUUCACCUGGAGAAGAUUGACCCCAGCAAACAGAGACAUUAACUGACAUCAUUUAGUGCAUCAAGUCAUUUCUGACUGUCAUGACAUGGACAUAUCAGACCUUUUUU